AAUGCUAGAACCUUCUAAAGAAUUUUAAGAAAAGGCAAAGGGAAGAUAAAAAUUUUAGCAUCAAGGAAGAACAAUAUAUGAGUGGGAUUAAACAUUGGAUGAUAUCAAUAUAUACAUAGAGCCGCCAAAGGCAGUUUUGAAAAAGUACGAGGAUUAAGUGAGAUAACAAUUGAAACCAGGAGAGCAAAUGCCCAAGUUGGACAUAUAAAUAAAGGCCGAUCGUUUGAAGGUCGGAAUUAAGGGCAAUCCUCCAUUUAUCGAUGAGCCAUUAGUUAAAUAAUGCGAUUCCAGUGAGUCGUACUGGUUAGUGGAGGAUGAGGAACUUCACAUAAUACUGCAGAAGGCAUACAAGGGAGAGUUGUGGCCAAGUGUGUUUGUUGGUCAUGGGAAGGUGGAUCCGAUGACGGAGUAGGAAUUGUAGAAGAAGAUGCUAUUGGAGAGGUUUUAGGAGGAACAUCCUGGAUUUGAUUUUUCAGGGGCAUAGGUAAAUGGGAUGGUGCCCGAUGCGAGGACGUUUAUGGGAGGGAUAAAACACAAUUGAAUU